GGGAGAGAGGAAGAGCAAGGGGGGGAAAGGAGGCUGGCGGGGCCGCGGGGAGCGCCUUCCCCUUAUGCAGGCGCCAGCUGAGGCGGCGGCGGAGGGCUUGUCUGUGGCAGGGAGGAGAUGGAGGCGGCAAAGGCAAAGAUGGGCUCUGAGGACGUGCUUCGGCAGACCAGCCGGCUGGCCUCUUCCAGCGCCCUCUUGCAGAUACUGUUCCGCCUAAUUACAUUUGGGUUAAAUGCUUUUACCCUACGAUAUGUUUCAAAGGAAAUCAUUGGCAUUGUGAAUGUAAGGCUGAUGCUGCUUUAUUCUACAGUUGUUUUCUUAGCCAGAGAGGCAUUCCGAAGAGCUUGUCUGAGUGGAAGUACAAGGAGAAACUGGACCAAAACAUUUAAUCUUUUGUGGACAAUAGUCCCCUUGGGCGUGUGUUGGUCUGUAUUCCUGGGCUGGGUCUGGCUAGAUAUACUUGAAGUUCCUGAUGAAAAUGCUGUUCCUUACUACAACUUUGGAGUGGUUGCCUUUGGUCUUUCCGCUGUAAUUGAACUUCUAGGUGAACCUUUUUGGGUUUUAGCCCAAGUACACUUGUUUGUAAGGCUAAAGGUAAUUGCUGAAAGUCUCUCAAUCAUAUGCAAAUGCUUUUUGACAGUUAUUUUAGUAGUUACGUAUCCUCACUGGGGGCUUUACAUCUUUUCUUUGGCCCAGCUUCUAUAUACCAGCGUUCUGGUUUUGUGCUAUAUAAUUUAUUUCAUGAUGUUUCUGGGUUCUCCUGAAGCAACCAAAAAAUCAUUUCCAGUUACUCGUAUGAUAUCUGUUUUACCUAAUUUUGGACAAGAUGAGGAAUUUGUUAACUGGGAAGAGGCUAAAUUGACUUGGAGUUUCUUUAAGCAAUCAUUCUUGAAGCAAGUUUUAACAGAGGGUGAACGGUAUGUCAUGACGUUCCUGAACGUGUUAAAUUUUGGAGACCAGGGAGUGUAUGACAUAGUGAACAACCUUGGUUCUCUGACGGCUCGAUUUAUAUUUUUGCCAAUAGAGGAGAGUUUUUAUGUUUACUUUGCUAAGGUUCUGGAACGCGGAAAAGCUACCAGGUUUCAAAAACAGGAUGAUAUCUCCAUGGCAGCAGCUGUAUUAGAAUCACUGUUGAAACUUGUGCUUCUGAUUGGCCUGACUAUUACAGUUUUUGGUUAUGCAUAUUCCCAGUUGGCACUGGAUCUUUAUGGAGGUUCAAUGCUCAGUUUGGGAUCAGGGCCAAGUCUCCUGCGUUGCUAUAGUUUAUAUGUCUUGCUGCUUGCUGUUAAUGGGGUAACAGAAUGUUUUACAUUUGCUUCAAUGUGUAAAGAAGAAGUGGACAGGUACAAUUUUGUCAUGCUCGCUUUGUCCUUGGUUUUUCUGUGCAUGUCCUAUUUCUUGACCUAUUGGCAAGGCAGCAUAGGAUUCAUCUUUGCAAACUGCUUCAACAUGGGGAUCCGAAUCGCACACAGCAUCCGCUAUAUCCACAACUAUUUUGCACAGAGCCCUUACAAGCCUUUAAAGGGCCUCCUUAUAUCACCGUUGCUGUUGGUUGUUUAUGUCAUCUGUGGAGUGGCCACGGGCUUUUCAGAGGCGUUCCUGUGCUGUGAUAAAGGGUGGCUGGCCAGGUUAAUUCACGUUGCUGUGGGAGCACUGUGUUUUACAGCAACUCUUGCCACUAUAUUCUUCACAGAGACCAAGCUGAUCCAUUUUGUUAGGAAACACAUUUUGUCAAGAUAUACCAAAGAAGUGCUAAAAUAAUCGUGUACAAGCUAAUUUCUGUACAGUGGUACCUCUAGAUGUGAAUGGGAUCCGUUCCGGAGCCCCGUUCGCAUCUAGAAGCAAACGUAACCCGUGUCCGCGGGUCAUGUUUCGGCGCUUCUGUGCAUGCGCGUGACAUCAUUUUGAGCAUCUGCGCAUGCGCAAGCGGUGAAACCCGGAAGUAACACGCUCCGUUACAUCCGGGUUGCCGCGGAGCACAACUUGAACGCGCUCAUCCCGAAGCACAUUCAACCCGAGGUAUGACUGUAUAUGAAAUGUAUAUAUUUGCUAUGGAGGAGAUAUACGGAGAAUUAAAUACGUAACUACUAUAAUAUACAGGUGAUACUGUCCAUGAAAUGUACACAACUGGUAACAAGGUAAUUCACAGCAAUUUAAGCUGAUACAUUUGUUCAGAACUCCAAAAUUAUAACCGUGGCAAGCAACUUGGUAAGUUUACAGUGGAAGGUUACUGCUGCCCGGUAUAUGAAUGCAAAUAUUACGCUUAAUUCUCACUUGCGGAAGCCAGUAGCUGGAAAGUACUGGGCAUUACUCUUGUGAUGCUACACUAAUGUCACAUUGAACUGUAAUAUACUUUAGAGACUGGAGGUGCACAUCACCUGACUGCUUCUUAACUCUUGACAGUUAGUUUACUCCCAAAUUUUAUUCUAAUCCCAA